GGGGAGGCCGUGGGCUACGCUGUUGGCGCAUACCUUGCAGACCUGCUAUGGGAUCUCGGCCAGGAGCCCAGAAGCUAGAAUUGUAGAGGCUGGGUGUUUGGACUCCAAGGGAAUCCCCCCCCAACCUCUCCUCUCCCCAGCUUUGGGGAGAGGGAGCAGCAGAUCAUGGAAUCCAACCUACAAGGGACCUUCUUGCUGAACAACACGCCGCUAGCCCAGUUCUCUGAGAUGAAGGCACCUAUGUGCCAGUAUUCAGUGCAGAAUUCUUUCUACAAGCUCAGCCCCCCAGGGCUGGGUACCCAGCUGGCUGCCGGGACCCCCCAUGGGAUUACAGAUAUCCUCAGCAGGCCAGUGGCAACUCCAAACAGCAGCCUUCUCUCAGGCUAUCCCCAUGUGGCUGGUUUUGGUGGACUCGGUUCCCAGGGUGUCUACUACGGUCCCCAGGUGGGGAAUUUUUCCAAGUCCGGGAAUGAGUAUCCAUCUAGAAGCAGAAAUUGCUGGGCAGACCCUGGGCAGGAUUGGAGAGGACGACAGUGCAAUAAUACCCCAGACCCCUUGAGUGACAGCAUCCACAAAAAAAAGCAUACCAGGCCUACUUUCACAGGACAUCAGAUCUUUGCCCUGGAGAAAACCUUUGAGCAGACCAAGUACUUGGCAGGGCCAGAAAGAGCACGCCUGGCUUACUCCCUGGGGAUGACAGAGUCCCAAGUGAAGGUGUGGUUCCAGAACCGAAGGACCAAAUGGCGGAAGAAAAGUGCCCUGGAGCCGACAUCUUCCACCACAAGGUCCACGGGAGGUGGAGGCGGAGGCGGUGACCGAACAGCUUCAGAAAAUGAAGAUGAUGAAUACAACAAGCCCUUAGAUCCUGACUCAGACGACGAGAAGAUCCGCCUGCUGCUGCGCAAGCACAGGGCCGCCUUCUCUGUGCUCAGCCUGGGCGCUCAUAAUGUCUGAGGCCGCUUCCUGGCCGCUAUCUCAACAUCCCCUAUCCAGUGCCCAUCAUCCCCAUGAGUCUGUGUUAUGAGAUCUCCCCCUUCCCCACAAAAAAAAAAAAAAUCCAAACCCUCCUCCCCUUCCCCUUAACACACCUAUAUUCACGCAUACACGUACACGUGCGACCCAAAAAACCCCCAUGAACUGUCUACCAAAAAUCCAUUCAUUUAAAAAUACAUCAGUCUUGUUUCAGCUAGAGAUGGACCUGAUAAUUCAAGCUUGAUAUCUCAUGGCCAAGCCAGAUAAUAGACAGAGCUUUGAAAGCUGAUGAAGAAAGGGGCCUGUGGGAAGGGUCUGAUUUUUUCUUGGCUUAAGCCCAAUCGCAAUUCCAUCAUUUUCACCUUCCUUAUUCUUCACCCCACACCCACCUCCCAUUCUGUUGAAGGGAGAAUGUGAAGAUUCAUGGAAAUGGGUGAGUGUAAAUGAGUUUUGACCCCGAAGGAGAGAAGGGCAAGGAGACAUAAAGCAUGAGGGAGAAAGAAGAAAAGGGAAAAGAAGGAAAACAAAAUGAAUCAUUGAAACCUUCCACAACCCCUUGACUUUAAUUUCUUGGACAUGUCCCAAAGAGUGAGGUCUUUUUCCUCUCUGAUUUAUAAGCAAAAAUGCUCAGCAGGGUUGAGGAUGUAUCAGAAAAUGAACAGGUUGUGGUCAUGGAAAAAACAGAUUGAGCAUUUACUCAUAUACUUUGUUCACCUUUCCCAUCCAGAGUUCCUCUUGAAGAGGAGAGACAAGGAUGUCAUAUAGCUAUUAGGGCUGUUUUACCCCAGGUGGCUAACCCAGGCACUUUCUAAAAGGAUUAAGGGAAAAGAGAAGGCUCACAGCUGCAAAGUGAAUAAGGUUGAAAAUCUAAAUUGAAAGGUCAUACAUACCGCCAAGCAGAAGUCCCAUGGGAUCUUUCCUCCCUCCCCUUUCUGCUCAUAUCUCUGACCUGUUUGGUCAUCAAAUUUCACAGUUUUGCAGAUGGGGGCAGACUUUAGGGUGAGGGCCAUGGCAGGUGGUAUGGGGUCAAGAAUCGGAGGAGUGAGUGGAAGAAAUCCCAAGCAUUAUGCUCUUUGGGACGGACUUCUUCACUCCACACCUGGACUUCCCUAAUGUACAAAAAACCCAGGAAACAAAGCUGUGAAAGUGCAGAGCUCUCCUCUGACUGAGUACUUCAUACUAGGCAAUGCAGAACAAAGUAGGAAAGGGAAACCAGGCUCCACCUUGGCUUCUUCUGCCUUCCUCCAGGUUGUCAUGGGCAGGGGAAUGGGGACUGUAGCUGUGAGGAGAGGGCUGAUGGAUUCAGAGCACUUGCUUUUCUCUGUGUGGUCCCGAACCUACAACUCUGAGAUGCAGGAGACCACUGAAAACAAAGGAUUACUUUUAAUUUAACUGAAUCUUGUGCCACAGCAGAGCAAAGGAGAUGGAGAAGUGAGGCAGCAGCCUCAGAAGCCCCUUGGGGUGGUAGGGAGAAUGGAGCUGGGGCAGAAAUGACAAAGGAAGCUGCCCUGGAAAAGAGGAACAUUGCACUUACUGAUCUCCUAUGGUUCUGAAGAAAAUUGAAUAAAAAUAAGUCCCAGCAUA